GCGAUGUUAUUCCACGGCCUCUCCGCCAGCUCGGACAUGCACGGGGUCAUUGACGAGAAGGAUCACAGAGGCACAGGAGUGUCUCGCACCAUCAGCUCGACUAUUGACAUGGGCGAAACCGAAUCUAGUAUGACGCCCGUCAGUAGCGACCGGAUGGCUCUGUGCGCAGGCUGUGGCGGUAAGAUUUCCGACCGGUAUUACCUUCUCGCAGUGGACAAACAGUGGCAUAUGCGCUGCCUGAAGUGCUGUGAAUGCAAACUGAACUUGCAGUCCGAGCUCACGUGUUUCAGUAAGGAUGGAAGCAUCUAUUGCAAAGAGGACUAUUACAGGAGGUUUUCCGUCCAAAGAUGUUCCCGGUGUCACCUCGGCAUCUCCGCCUCAGAAAUGGUGAUGCGCGCCCGGGAUUUGGUGUAUCACUUGAACUGUUUCACCUGUACCAGCUGUAAUAAAAUGCUUACCACCGGCGAUCAUUUCGGAAUGCGGGACAGUUUGGUUUACUGUCGGCUACAUUUUGAGACCAUAAUACACGAGGAAUAUCAGUCACAUUUCAGUCAAACGGACGUUAGCCCUGGAAAAGGACUUGGUGGAACAGUGAACUCUUUGGGACUGCCGUACUAUAAUGGCGUACCCACCGUGCAAAAAGGACGGCCAAGGAAACGAAAAAGCCCCGGUCCAGGCGCGGAGCUGGCGGCUUACAAUGCAGCUCUCAGCUGUGCUGACAAUGAAAGUGAUCCAUUGGACAGGGACACACACUACACCUCCAAUCAGAAGUCCAAACGCAUGCGCACCUCCUUCAAACACCACCAACUUCGUACCAUGAAGUCUUACUUUGCCAUCAACCACAACCCCGAUGCCAAGGAUCUGAAACAGCUGGCUCAGAAAACUGGCUUGACCAAACGCGUCCUGCAAGUCUGGUUCCAGAAUGCAAGGGCCAAGUUCAGACGGAAUCUCCUUCGUCAGGAGAACACAGGCAUUGACAAGGUCUCUGACGGGUCCACUUUGCCCAGUGGGUCACCCUCGGGUCCACUGUCUGAGCUCUCGAAUGCCUCCAUGAGCCCUUCUACAACUCCCAAUGCCCUCACAGACCUAACAAGUACUUCCAUACCAGUGAAGCAGGUACUGACAGCUGUACCUGGAGGCAUGGACCCCCAUGAAAGCCUGAGUCCAUCCCAGACCACACUCACAAGCCUGUUCUGA